AUGAACUUUACUCUCAUAACGCCAUCUAGUGAGCUGGAAGAAUUUCUUGGCAUUGCAAGUAGUCCUCUUGUGCCAAAAUACUGUAGAUGUGCCGCUGAGCGUGAAGACAAACAUGCUACUGAGUUCAUGAAAGAUAGCUUGUCUCAAUUGAACGAUGGCACGUACAAAGUUUCGCUCCCUUGGCGAAAACCGCCGACCGCCUUGCCCAACAACUACGAUUACGCCAAAAAACGUCUCCUGAAUCUUGAGAAACAAUUCAAAUUGAAACCACGCGAGUGGGAAGUGUACAUCAAACAGAUGGAUGAUCAGCUGAAUCGCGGUGUUGCACGUCUCGUACCACAAUCCGAAUUGGACCAAGAUCAUGCUGACAAAAAGGGAAUGUGGUUUCUUCCACAUUUUGCUGUUGUCAAAGAUUCGACCACCACUCCAGUGCGUGUGGUACUUGACGACAAAUCUCGUUACCAAGGUCAUUCGUUAAAUGAUUACCUUGCAAAGGGAAACUCGGUGAACUCUAGCAUUUUCGAUAUCGGGUUACGUUUCCGGGAAAACGAAGUUGGCGUCAUUGCGGACAUUUCAAAAAUGUUUCAGAGUUUCAAGCUUUCUAAAGACGACGCUCGAUACCACCGCUAUCUUUUCCGUAGUACACCGGAUGAAGAAAUCAAAGUGUAUGAACUACAAACUGUCACAUUUGGGGACAAACCGUCACCCGCAGCUGCUGUGUUUGCGCUAAGGCACAUUGCAAAUAAGCAUGCGCAUUCUGAAAUCGACCGUGUUAUCAAGAAACAGUUUUAUAUCGAUGAUCUGAAGGACAGCCUGAGGUCCAAUAGCGAUGUUGGACAGUUGAAAACCGAUCUCACUGGAGCUUUACGAGAAGGAAAUCUUCUGAUACGGAAAUGGUUAUCUAACGAACGACAAAUCUGCGACCCUGAGUUCAUCCCACAUGAUGGUAAUGCAACAGCCCUUGACGCAAGGGCCCAACGCGCCGCGUAG